AUGACGAGCGGCCGGGUCUCCUGCCAGGGGCGCCGACCACACUUAACUCAGGCUGGUUUCAUCUCCGUCUGUCUCUCAGGUCUCCAGUUAUUAGCCACGGCCAGUCGGGAUCGUCUGAUCCACGUCCUGGAUGCAGGCAGAGAGUACAGUCUGGUUCAGACUCUGGAUGAACACUCGUCAUCCAUCACUGCCGUCCGAUUCGCUGCCAAUGAGGGAAAGGUGAGGAUGAUCAGCUGUGGAGCCGAUAAGAGCGUCUACUUCCGCACCGCUCAGCAGAUGGAGGAGGGCUUAGAAUUCACUCGGACUCAUCACGUGGUGAGGAAGACGACGCUGUACGACAUGGACGUCGAACCAACCAGGAAGUACGCAGCAGUGGGCUGUCAGGACCGCAGCAUCAGGAUCUUUAACAUCAGCAAUGGGAAACAGAAGAAGCUGUAUAAAGGCUCUCAGGGCGAGGAUGGGACUCUCAUUAAGGUGCAGAUCGACCCCUCAGGUCUCUACAUCGCCACCUCCUGCUCAGACAAGAACAUCAGUAUAUUUGACUUCUACUCCGGAGAGUGUGUGGCCACCAUGUUCGGACACUCGGAGAUUGUCACGGGUCUGAAGUUCAGCAGCGACUGCAGACAUCUGAUCACAGUCUCUGGAGACAGCUGUAUCUUCGUGUGGCGUCUCAGUCCAGAGUUGACCAUCAGGAUGAGGCAGCGACUCGCUGACCUCCGACCUCCCAGCAGCACUCAGAACUCCCAAAAUGCACCUCAGCAAAAAGUGGUAAACCUCAGCAGCAGCGAGGCGUCGUCUGCUCGUGUCGUCACCAUGUCGUCUGACAGCGACAAGGAAGAGGAGGAGGAGGAGGAGGAAGAGGCGCUCCGCUGUCCUUAUACGGUCACAGCAGGAAGACUGGAGGAGGAGACAGAAACGUCUGAUGAGAAGUUGGACUCUCAGGACUCUCAGAGCGGCAGAGACAGCAGGAAGGAGGUUCUGGGGGGUCGACUCCCUCGCCGUCGCUGGUCCAGGAGGACGGGCAGCGCGGACGGUGUCCUGAUGGUCAAGUCCAUGUUGGACCUGAGACUGCUGGACUCGUUCUCCCCCGACAGACCGGAGGAGCAGCAGGCGGAGCAAGAGGAGGUGAAGACACGCCCCCCUGAGGUUAGCACCUCCCCCUGCAGCCAGAUGAAGAGGGGCCAAGACGUAGAGGCGGGGCUUCACAGGCCCUAUCGGGAGCUGGGGAGCACCGUGAGUCUGCAGGUCACCACUGCAUGGGCGGAGGACGAGGAGGCGAGGACCAAUCAGAGGCCAGACUUCAUCCGGCUUUCCAAUCAGAGCCUAGACAGGGAGAAUCUGGUGCUAUAUCCUGACCAAUGGGAGGACAGCGUGAGCCUGGCAGGAAGUGAGUUCCAGGUGAAGGAGGCGUGUCCUGCUGCAGCAGGUGGACGGCGUGACAAACCCAGUCCAGACAGCGGAUGCUCACUGGGAUUCAGCUCCAGACUGUCCAGUCCUGUCAGACCUGCAGGAGACGACUCUGAGCCCACAGAGCCUCUCAGCACAGAUGGAAACUCCUCUGAGCUGGAGGAGGAUGAAGAGGAGGGAGGUGGAGGAAGAGGAGGAGGAGGAGGAGGAGGAGAGGUCAGGGCCCCUCAGCUCGUCCCUCAGACUCCAGACCAGGAAGCUUUCCUGAAGGAACACUUUGUGACCCUGGCCGACCUCUCAGGUACAGCAGGAGCCCACAUCCUGAAACACACCACCACCGUCAGCGCGACACCGUCAGCGCGACAGCGAUUACGACACCGUCAGCGCGACAACGAUUACGACACCGUCAGCGCGACACCGUCAGCGCGACACCGUCAGCGCGACACCGUCAGCGCGACACCGUCAGCGCGACACCGAUUACGACACCGUCAGCGCGACACCGAUUACGACACCGUCAGCGCGACACCGAUUACGACACCGUCAGCGCGACAGCGAUUACGACACCGUCAGCGCGACAACGAUUACGACACCGUCAGCGCGACACCGUCAGCGCGACACCGUCAGCGCGACACCGAUUACGACACCGAAGCUUUCCUGAAGGAACACUUUGUGACCCUGGCCGACCUCUCAGGUACAGCAGGAGCCCACAUCCUGAAACACACCACCACCGUCAGCGCGACACCGUCAGCGCGACAGCGAUUACGACACCGUCAGCGCGACAACGAUUACGACACCGUCAGCGCGACACCGUCAGCGCGACACCGUCAGCGCGACACCGAUUACGACACCGUCAGCGCGACACCGAUUACGACACCGUCAGCGCGACACCGAUUACGACACCGUCAGCGCGACACCGUCAGCGCGACAGCGAUCGCGACAGCGAUCAGCGAUCGCGACACCGUCAGCGCGACACCGUCAGCGCGACAGCGAUCGCGACAGCGAUCAGCGAUCGCGACACCGUCAGCGCGACACCGUCAGCGCGACACCGUCAGCGCGACAGCGAUCGCGACACCGUCAGCGCGACAGCGAUCGCGACACCGUCAGCGCGACACCGUCAGCGCGACAGCGAUUGCGACACCGUCAGCGCGACAGCGAUUGCGACACCGAUUACGACACCGUCAGCGCGACACCGAUUACGACACCGUCAGCGCGACACCGUCAGCGCGACAGCGAUCGCGACACCGUCAGCGAUCGCGACACCGUCAGCGCGACACCGUCAGCGCGACACCGUCAGCGCGACACCGUCAGCGCGACACCGUCAGCGCGACACCGUCAGCGCGACACCGUCAGCGCGACAACGAUCGCGACACCGUCAGCGCGACACCGAUUACGACACCGUCAGCGCGACACCGAUUACGACACCGUCAGCGCGACAGCGAUUACGACACCGUCAGCGCGACAACGAUUACGACACCGUCAGCGCGACACCGUCAGCGCGACACCAUCAAUGCUUCAUGUUGA